CACCCCAACUUUACACCGCUUGCUGUCCACUGUCUUACAUGUAGGGUGUGACGUAUUUGUUCUAAUGUUUGGUCACAGAUUCGUACAAACAAACGUUUUGACCCCAAGAGCAUGACACAAAGUCCUUUCUUUGGAUAUAAAAUAAAUGCCCAUAGCUUGUGCUACUAGAUUCUAUACUCAUGUCUGCGGAGAGAGUUAGUACGGUUCUGUCCCUCCUGCUGUUUGUGGUGGUCAGUGUUCCGCCCGGCGUACUGACCACCCCACUGGACGACUACGUCAACAAGCCGGACCCUCACUACUCCUACCACGAGGUGUUGGAAUGGCGUCUGAAGGGUCCCGGUUGCACCAUGUACCUCCUCAACAUGACCUCACAACAAUGGCUCACAGAGGAUGAAGUCGACCGUCCGAUCUGGUGGCACUUCCUGACCGUGGUCAUCCCAGACAACAUGACCUAUCCUGAUGCCGGGUUUUUGUUUAUAGACGGAGAUAACAAUGACCAUCCGGAAAGCCUCCCAUCGCAUGGUGACAACUUCGUCUCUCUUGUCAACAUGUUUGCAGUUGGAACGGGGAGUGUUGCUGCAAACUUGAAGCAGGUCCCCAAUGCUCAUCUGGUGUUCAAGAAAGAUUCAAGUAAAAGGCGACUGGCGGAAGACGCCCUCAUCGCAUACACACAAAGACGUUUCUUAGACGAUCCUAACCCGGAAUGGAUAGUCAAUAUGCCGAUGACAAAGGCGUCUGUGAGAGCAAUGGACGCAGUGCAAGACUUUGUUAAGAACAAGACGGGAAAGCAGCCAGAGAAGUUCAUGGUGGGUGGGGCGUCAAAGCGCGGUUGGACCACGUGGGCUACUGCUGCGGUAGACAAGAGGGUGUUCGCCAUGACUCCUAUCGUCUUUGACCUGCUGAACGUACAAAAGACGCUUCACCACUACUACAGAGUGUUAGGAGGCUGGUCCUUCGCUUUUAAAGACUACUAUUUCUACAACCUCAGUGCCAGUCUGGAUGAACCAAACUAUGAAAAGAUGCGCACCGUUAUAGACAUGCUUGAGUACACGGAUCGUCUGACGAUGCCUAAGUACCUUAUCGGCACGGGAGGUGACGAGUUCUUCAUGCCGGAUGAUUCCUACUUCUACUGGCACCAGUUGGAAGGAGAGAAAUAUAAAAGAUUGAUACCCAACGCUGACCACCUUUGUGUUGGCCACGAAAUCAGC